AUGGCCGCCGACGCGGAGGACAGGUCGCCUCCCAAGGGCGGCAAGAAGCAGCUCGUGGCGUGUCGCAUCGAGGCGCACAAGAUCCAGAAGCGGCUCUCGCCCAAGAAGAAGGCGCUGGACCCACUGCGCUACCUGCCCGAUGGCGGUGGCUACUACGCGCUGUUCACUGUGGCCGCGUACUUCGAGGGCGAGCACGACGGGGAGGAGCCUACGGAGCGGCGGCAUGUGGUGCAGCGAAGCUACAAACAGUUCCGCACCCUGCAUUCUAGACUGUUGAAAACGUACCCCAAGUCCAAGUUGCCGAAAGAUUUGCCCGCAAUGCGCAGCAAGCGAUACGACAAUGAGUACAUCGAGGAGAAGCGCAACGAGUUGACGGCGUACUUGGCCCAAUUGAUGCAAAUUCCCGAAGUGAAGGCGUCCAACGUGCUCCGUGACUUUCUGGAGGCCUCCACUGCAGUCGAAGAGAGCAGUGACGACGAGGACGGACUUUUGGUGCCGUCGAGGAUGCUGGAGGGGCUACCCGGCACAAUUGUGACUGUGAGAGCGGGUCAGUCCUUCUCCGUGACGUUGCCACUCAGCGCCGCGGGAGAUGUGGCGUCCUGGCAAUUUACCACAAAGAAGCACAACAUCGGCUUUAGUGCCACAUUCGAAGGUGAAAUGAUCCGCGCGUAUUCCCGCGAAGGUACCUAUGUGAAGCCGGUUAAGGGGUUUUAUCGCUGCACCACCCCUGGCACGUGCACUCUAACGUGGGAUAACACUUAUACCUGGAGCAAGGCAAAAGUGCUCAUUUACUGGGCAGAGGUGGAGUCGCAAAAUGGGACACCACAACAAAAUGGGCAACUUGCAGGCUCGCACGAUAGAGUUGCCUCGGUUGAUGGCAGUGAUGCGGCGUCUACCGGCAGUGGAGCCGCGUUGGAUGGCUCGGAGCUGGACAACCGCCGGUUGGGGUUUAUCGAGCACACUCGAAGCAACUCGAUGCACCCUCGACAUAUCGUCAACUCGUCCAUCUCGCUGCUCUCUAAACCGUUUGCGCAUGGCAAACAUGGCAACGAGGAUGGUUCAACUCCCGGAAAGUCUCGGCAUUUGUUGCCUCGGAGGACGUCGGCACCCACCGUCAACAUCCCGAAUGAAGUGCAGACGUCGGACCACGCUAUGCCUCCAGUCAAGGCUGGGUCUCUCAUCAUCCAACGCAGUGUGAAAUUUCGAGGACGCAAUUGGUACCGCAAGUGGUUCGUAUUAGAUCCGCGCAAGUGUAUCUUACGGUACUACGACUCGGAAGCUGCUGCGCGUCGCGGGUUGUCGCUGGCCAAGCUGAAUUUGACCAACAAGCACGCGUCGCUGGCUAUUACCAGCAGUUUGAGUCUGGACGCGGCCCCCACCCCGUACAUGUUCCUGAUCCGCACCAAGAAGCACUGCUGGAAGAUCUGCGCGCCGUCUCAAAGCGAGUACAAUGAGUGGGAAAACGCCAUCUCGACUGCCAUUUUGACGGCGCAACUGUCACGUCGCGGCAGGAAGAGCAAGAAGGCCAUGCUGAAGGCUGCCAAGUCGGCGGCGGUGCGGAAAGAUUCCCACGCCAGCGAGUCUGAUGAUGACACGCCAAGGAGGAAUGGAGCGGUACCGGAUACGAAUGGCAAUGCCGAGGCGAGUAUGAACUCAUCCGUGAACCACGAGCAGCCUCUGAGCCCAAUUGAAGAGUCCGACGACGACGAUGACGACUCGGAGAACAAAGAAGACUCGGACGACGACGACGACGAUGAAUCCGAGUCGGACUCCGAUGACGAGCUCCAUGAGGGCGACGACUUUGAAGUGGUGCAGCCUAUCGUGUCUACUACUUCUCUUAUUGAGAAUGAUACCGAGGCCAUUGGAAGCCUACCCAAUCUACAGAACCUCCCCCUGGAAUGGAAGCUCGGUCUCGCAGCCGUGCUAAACGUGGCGCUGUUGUCGGUGCGCUCAGCCCCCGUCGUCGUUAUCGUGCUCGUGCUGUUUGCCCUGGACUGGUUCCUGAUACUCAAGUGCAUGAAGCGGUCAGAUGACGACAAGCUCAAACCCAAGACUGAAUAA